AUGGCGACAACUUCAACUCCCGAAUCAUACUCGACGCCGGCAACAUCAACUCCCCCGCCGGCAAAUAAACACCAUCAGCCCACCAAUAAGUCUAUCAAUGGCGCCUCAAGUUCGCUCCUAACCCUCCCGGCCGAGCUCCGUAAUCACAUCUACAGCCUCGUCGUGUGCAAGCACUUCACCAUCGACAUCCUGGACUCACGGGACCCGAGGAGGACAUCCAAGAGGGUUGCUCAGCCAGCCCUGGCCAAAGUCUCGCGCCAGCUGAGACGGGAGGUGCUGCCAAUGUUCUACGGCAACGCCUUCGAGCUAGACUGCACGCGAUACUCACGAUACCUCCGCCCUGUGUCGGUGCUGAUGGACCUCGAACAACGAGAAUUCCACUGCACCAUGGAGCGGAAUGAAGAAGUUCUCGAAGGAUUCGAAACUGUUCGGCAGUGGUUACGGAGUAUUGGUGCCAGGAAUCGAAGACUUCUGCGCGAGGUUCUGGUCUGCUGUGCGGAGGAGGAUGCGGGUCAGUUGGUUGAGAUGGCUUUGGUGCGGUUUGAUGUGAUGAAUCAAUGCCUUACGGCUUGUGCGGAUUAUCCUCUGCUCGAAGGGUGGAGUUGGCAAGGGAGGAGCAGGACGGAGGAUGUUUGUCCCGCGAAUGUGAGGUAUGGGGCUGGCUUGCAGCACUAUCGGGUUGCUCUUGCAGAGUAA